AUGUUUAAAAGAGAACCUUUAUUAAGUAAAUGGAAGAUGGAGUUCAGGCGAGCGCAAGCCGUUUGCAUUCCAGCAGUUCACCUGCACAUGACUGCAGCUACCAUGCAAGCCAGCCAGAAAGACUUUGAAAAGGCUCAAGAACAACUGAAGCUUUUGAAAAAGGAUCCUGGGAAUGAAACUAAGUUGAAGCUCUACGCUUUGUUUAAACAGGCUACUGAAGGUCCCUGCAAUUCUCCAAAACCAGGUAUGCUGGACUUUGUCAAGAAAGCCAAGUGGGAUGCAUGGAAUUCUCUUGGAGAUUUGUCUCAGGAUAAUGCCAGACAGAAAUAUACUGAACUUGUCUCAAGUCUGGUCUCUGCAGAAUCUGCUGGCCAGAAGAAAGAUGCUUCUCCAGAGGAGAGCAGACAUGAUGGCUAUGAAACAAUACUAGUUACCACCAAAAACAAUAUCACAAAGAUAACAUUUAACCGACCUGAUAGGAAAAAUGCCAUCAACCAUAAGAUGUACAGAGAAAUUAUCAAAGCGCUUGAAGAAGCUGGAAAAGAUGAUUCUACCAUAGCAGUUAUUACUGGAAAUGGAGACUACUAUAGUAGUGGAAAUGAUCUGAAUAAUUUUACUAAUAUCCAACCCGGUGAAAUGGAGAAGAUGGCAAAAGAUGGAGCCGUAUUACUCAAAGAGUUUGUGGGUCAUUUUAUUGAUUUUCCUAAACCACUGAUUGCAGUGGUAAAUGGCCCAGCAAUUGGAAUCUGUGUAACAGUCCUUGGAUUGUGUGACAUUGUCUAUGCUUCUGACAGGGCUACGUUUCACAGCCCAUUUAGUCAACUUGGACAGAGUCCGGAAGGAUGUUCCUCUUACCUUUUUCCAAAAAUCAUGGGCUUAGCUAAGGCAAAUGAGAUUUUGCUUUUCAAUAAAAAGCUGACUGCAGCAGAAGCCUGUGCCCAGGGACUUGUGACUGAAGUCUUCCCCGACAGCACUUUUCAGAAGGAAGUUUGGGCAAGAUUAGAAGCUUAUGCAAGCCUCCCCAAAAAUUCCUUGGCGGUGUCAAAGCAACUGUUACGUAGUAUGGAAAAGGAAAAGCUCCAUGAAGUCAACAGUAAAGAGUGUGAAGUCCUGAAAGAGAGGUGGUUAUCUGAUGAAUGUGUAAAUGCUAUUGUCAGCUUCUUUCAGAAGAAAUCAAGACUCUAGUCUUCACCAGUAGAAUAAUUCACCUUCUGGCAAUAGCUUAAUCUGCCCUUACCAUUAAUAAACCUGUUACACGUUUCGAUGUGGUAUAUUUCUGUUCUGAGUACUGGGUUAAAACUGGUUCACAAAAUUAAUACAAUGUUAUGUGCCUUGGCUCCAUUAUGGAUAUCUAGGUUGGGGAAAAAAGGUUCAUUAUUCUGUAGGCAGCAGCGAUGUUUCUGAAUAAUACUAAAGCAGAUUGUCUUCCAAAAGAAGCAGCAGAUUCAGUAGCACCAUAUUCUGAUAGCUCUUCAAUAAAUGUCAUAUGAGUGAUGCUUUUUAUUAAUCUGUGGGGAAGGAAAUACUGUAUUAAUGAAAAAAUAAAUAGAAGUAUUUAAUU